AUAUACAUAUAUAUACGUACAAAGAUAAUCUAUCAGCCUCGUAACUACCCUACACGUGCCAAUCAGUACAUAGUAAGAAAACAAAAAAAAAGAGGAAAAUACGCAUACACGCUCGCACACAAACACAGUAGACAUGUUGAGUCCGAAGAUGCAGAGAUGUGUCCGAGUGGUUGACAAUCAAUUGCUGAUGCUGUCGGAUAGAGCUCGCACGGAUAGUACUCUCACUGGCAAUUUACACAAAAAAGCUUCUGAUGGUGGCAGAUGGAAGAACCGCUAUUUCGUACUCUACCAGAACAUACUGUUCUACUACGACCACGAGAGCUGCUCUAAACCGUCUGGUGUAAUACUGUUGGAGGGUAGCUACUGCUCGAGAUUAGAUUUCUCCGGCGGCACUUCAAAAGUAACCUGCAAGAUACAAACAGAAAAAGAACAUUGUUUUGUCAUUUCUUACAACAACCCGCAAAUGAGACAGUACGAAUUUCGCGCUUCGUCCGAAACCGCUUGCAAAACAUGGGUGAACGCUUUGAAACAAGCCAGUUUCAAUAAGUUGUUGUUGCAAAAAGAGGAGCUUGAACAGCGGCAUUUGCAUUUGCUACAAGUCGUGGAGAGUGAAAUGACCGCCAAAUGGCAGUACACGCAACAAUGUGAAGAACUGGCGUCCGAAAUAAAAAAGCUACGGGCAGAAGUAUUACCAUUAAAGAAAGAGCUGCGGCCGAUGACGUCUUACGGUGGGUCCAGUACCGGUUCGUUCGACGGAGGUAUGGGUUCAUUUUCGCGAAGACAAUCCAAGGACAGUUUUAUAUUUGCGGAUCAGACGACGUUCAACGUACAGGACUCGAUCGAAAUGCGAAAAAUAAAAAAGGUCCAAAGUUUCUUCAGGGGGUGGUUGUGCAGAAGACGGUGGAAACAAAUUGUCGAACAGUACAUUAAGAGUCCACACGCCGAGAGCAUGCGCAAAAGGAAUAGCCUGGUCUUCCGGAUGGUCGAAGCCGAGGAAGAGUAUGUUAGUCAGUUGGAAGUGUUAGUCACAUGCUUUUUGCGGCCUUUGCGUAUGGCUGCUAGUUCGAAAAAGCCUCCUUGCACUCACGAAGACAUCAGCUCGAUAUUUUUAAACAGCGAGACGGUGUUGUUUUUACAUCAGAUAUUUUACAAGGGACUGACGACCAGAAUGGAAAACUGGCCCACUCUAAUAUUAAGUGAUCUCUUUGAUAUACUACUGCCUAUGCUGACAAUCUAUCAAGAAUACGUUAGGAACCACCAUUACAGUUUACAAGUAUUGACUGAAUGCAAACAGAAUCCAGCAUUUGUUAAUCUCUUAGAGCGUCUAGAAAAUAAACCAGCCUGCCAUGCACGGUCGCUAGAAAACUUUCUAAUUGUACCAAUGCACCAGAUUCCCAGGUAUAUAAUAACCUUACACGAGAUUCUAGCACACACUCCACAUGACCACGUCGAACGAAAAAGUUUGCAAAUGGCGUGCCAAAAAUUAGAAGAUUUGAGUAGACAAAUUCACGACGAAGUUAGCGAGACAGAAAACUUACGAAAAAACCUUUCAAUCGAACGAAUGAUUAUUGAAGGCUGUGAUAUUCUAUUAGAUGCCAAUCAAAUAUUUGUAAGACAGGGUACAUUGGUGCAAAUUCCUAUAGCUAGAAAGAAAAGCAGAAUUCCGCAUUUUAAAUCUGAAAAAGAAGCAGUUAGACAAUGUUUCCUGUUUACAAAUCAUAUGAUCAUAACAACUAGAACAACAAGUGGCAAACUACAUUUGGCACCAGAAGUCGGGAAAAUAUCAUUGGCCGAAUGUCGAUUGAUUGAGGAUCCCAAUGAAAAAGAAGAUGAUACUAACCAAGGGGAUACUGACGUCCAAGAGGCCAAUAAUGAAGCCGCUGACGAUUCAGCAGGAACAAGCCAUUCCAGCGAUGUCGAAAAUAGCGAUUGCGAAGGAUUAAAAUAUUCUUCCACUCCAAGUCCUAGUCAGAGCCCAAAACCUCAAAACUACGAUUUCCAACUUUGUGUAGAUUGCAAGUCAACUACCCCGCUGACAGUUCACUUAUACGCCCCCUCCUUGCAAGAAAAAACUGCUUGGGUCAGCGAUAUAAGUCAAUGUAUUGAGAACUUGAGGUUCGAUGCAAUGCUUCGAAACUCAAUGUCAGACACAUCGUCGGUAACAAUGCCACACUCGAUGCGUAACGAUCCAAAACUGUUUAAAGACGACAAGGAUAUAAAAUUCAGUAAAUAUUACAACUCCUGCAGGAUACCACGAAUUCAUCAUGCUACCAAAGAAAAACUGAUAUCCAGGCUGGUGGAUUUGCGAUUUUUAUCCAUCGAUUUCCUCAACACGUUUUUGCUCACGUACAGAGUGUUCACCGACGGAGUUACAAUUUUGGAAGCGUUGAAAAAAGUAUUUUACAACAACGAGGUUGAAGUUCAUGACGCGACCUGUCAACCUUGCAUGACAUCGAUUGAUCGAACGGAAGCGAGCGAUCAUCACCAUCUGACUACAGGAGACCGGGAACGAAGGAGAUCUAGUGUGAUUUCAUCGCCUCGAAGGACUAGUGCGGCCAGUUCUGUAUCUGGUUAUUGUUCGGAAAUCAGCGACCGAGACAGAAGUAGCAGUAUCGACUACCAGCACUCGCAGAGAACCGGAAGGAAAUACAGUUUCCGGAAACUCGAAGAGGAGGAGCGAAGGAACAAAAUGAAGUCCGAAGAAUUCAGUUCUACUACCAGUUUGUAUCAACAGACAUCGCCAAGAAGAAAGGUUAGCAUACGAAUUGAAGACACCGGUGACAACUGUUAUUUGGCGCCGCCUGUGAUGGUCAAAGCCACGUCUUCGUCUAGCAGUGAAACCCUGACAGGAGACAAUCAACAAACUGUUGUGGCAACAUCCCCGUGUAGCAAUAAUAGCACCUCGACGCUAGUAGCAGCCACUUCGAAUAACGGUGAUCGGAGUCCCAACGAAAACAACGCCUGCGGUUCACCAAAAAUAUUAUUACCCGAACGGAAAACGCAGUCUCCUUCGAAGUUGCACGGAUUUCCGAUUCACCAUGGACACGCUAUCAAAAUUGGUUCCAUUAUAACGGACGCGGCCAAAGAACUCGUGGAAAAAUUCCAUCCAGAAAAACAUUUCUAUACUCCGCAGCCGCGUAGGAGAAGUUGGUUUACACACGAUAGCACUCAGUUUAGAAGAAAAAAGAGUUUCGGUCUUAAUGAAGACGAGGCAGGAGGCAACACGGAUGAAAAUGAGUGGUUAAGCAAUAUCCAUAGCGCGUCAUCGUCUAGAUCUGCAUCGCUUGUAAAUUCCAGCAUUGCGCAGUAUUUCUCUAGGAGGAAAUCAUUCGCUUGCACCGCUGACACCGAUGGAUGCUAUAGCGGAAGUGCAUCACAAAGAACAAGCAUGCAACAUGACAGUCCUGUGUUAUCUAGUAGAGCCGGAGUAGUCAUUACUUCAUCUAGACAAUCAAAAAGAAGAACUGGAAGGCCGGAGUUUUGGAGCAGUACGUCAACAGCAGCUGCUGCUUUUGCCAUUGCCACGUCAGCCUCGAGUAAUCCCAGAGAACUGUCACCGUUACACGACCAAAAGUGCUGUUCUGCAGAAAGGAAAAGGAAAGAGUCGGUCAUGUCUACUGCAGCUACAAUGAGGGUGCUCAACGUAUUAAAACAUUGGAUAUCGAAACACCCACAGGAUUUUGAAAACGACCCCCGUCUCAAAAACCUGACUAUAGAAUUUUUGGAGGACAUACUUUUUAGUCCUAAUCUUUUACCGGCCGAACACAAGAUUGCAGGACAAUUGCUACGUUUACUUACAAUGGACGAAACAAAGAAAACCAGUAUAGAUCUCAAUCUGUUAUUGACUCCAACGCAGAUACCCAGUGCCGAAAGUAUUGAAACGUUGUCUGCACUAGAAAUAGCCGAACAGAUGACUUACAUAGAUCAUCAGAUAUUCAUAAGAAUUCAAAGCCAGGAAUUCUUUGGCCGAGCUUGGAUGAAGGAAGACAAACACAUCAAGGCACCUCACAUUAUACUAAUGACUAAGAGGUUCAACGAACUGUCACAAUUAGUUGCCUCGGAGAUCAUGCGCAAAAAUAAUAUUGCUGCUCGAGUGGUAACUAUUGAAAAAUGGGCAGCAGUAGCUGAUAUAUCCAGAUGCUUGCAUAAUUUCAACGGCGUACUUCAGAUAUGUUCGGCGUUUACUAACAGUUCAGUGUUUCGCCUGAAGAAAACCUGGGAAAAAGUUUCUAAAGCUACAAAACAAUCAGUACAAAAACUUCAAAUAAUCGUUUCGUCGGACGGUCGAUUCAGGAACCUCCGAGAAGCUCUACACAGAUGCGAUCCUCCCUGUAUACCGUACCUCGGAAUGUACUUAAGUGACUUGUCGUUUUUGGAAGAAGGAACACCCAGUUUAGCUGAAGACGGUCUUUUAAACUUUUCGAAAUUGCGUAUGAUUGCGCACGUAGUGCAAGAAAUCCGACGGUUCCAACAGACGCCGUACAAAAUCGACUUCCAGUCCAGGGUAGCCAAUUAUCUACUGGACACAUCUUUCCUGAUGAACGAAGACGAACUGUACACUAGGUCGCUGGAGAUCGAACCCAGGCCUUCGAGGCUGAGUAUCACGACGCUGUCUAGCUCGCCCCAUCACCAGAGCGGAAGUCAAUGACGACGGUUCAGCGUUAAGAGGAACCAGACCACGUGUUUCAAAUGAUUUGGAAGGGGGGCGGACGACGGCAGAGGAUCGUGAACUGUCCGAGUGGUAUUAAAACGAGAGAAUAUUUCAUCAAGUUUUCGUCCCCGUUCCACCACCGUCGCCGCCGCCACCGAUCGUUUCGCACUUUCUUAUUCUAUUUAGAAUGUCGAGUCUAGUUCUUCGUAAACGCUACUAUUUUUCCCUUAAGGCGAGGAUCGUGUUAUGUCAUUUCUCUGAUUUUGGUUUUUCUUUUUCGCACGGUCCUCGCCGUGCUAUCGGCUAACGUUUUUUUUU